UAACUUGAAAAUCGGGUUAAAUCGUCUAUUGCGACGGACGCAAACCGAUGGGAAGGGCGUAAGUCUAUCACGGUUGUAUUUCAAAUUUCGUAAUCAAUCUCUUUUGCGUGUUUACAAACACACGGAUGUGAUGGGUGACACCAGAUUACAUGUUCCUAUACACUGUCCUCUAGGUUCAGCAAACCACAAGUGCGACUACUACGACUGAGGUUUAGCUGGCCAUUUGACUGCGCGGGGUCGACGGUUUCUUACAUAACCAUCUCGGGUCAAAACUAUCCAGCGCUAUCCAGCUCAUCACUACGUCGUUUCUUCGGCAGCCUGCGCAGUUUUUUAAAAGCCACUCCACUCUCAGUCUCCAUCAGUACGAAAGAAGAGAAAGUCGUCAGCCCAAAAUCAUCAUUUUAAUCCGUUGCGCUGAGAAGAAGAUUUUUUUAAAAGAAUGCUAUUGAAAAUCCAUUUAAUUUUAAUUGUUUUCACGGCUGUGACUUUUGGCAGUGUCCAGCACAACAAUCUUAUCAUUGCUGUCGGUGAUGAGCUCGAAUUUCUCACCGAUGGAAAUAAUUACCGAACGCUGACCCUUAAUUCUUACAACGCAACAAAGUUAUCGGCCCUCGCUUACGAUGCCACAACACGGAAACUCUUUUUCUCCGACCAGCGCCAUCACUACGGUCACAUCUUCAGUGUCAGUCUCGACAAUGAAUCCCACCGUCCCGUCGAAGAUAUCGUAGAAAAAAACAAUAAUGAAACUGUCGAGAGCUUGGCUUAUGAUCCUGUGAACAAAAUGCUGCUAUGGACAGACGGAUUGAAUCGAGCCAUCCGUCGGGUGCAGAUUGAUAACGACCCCAUUCACAUUGAAGAGAAGGACGGAAUUGAGAUCGUCCACUUUUUGGAAAAUGACGCUAAACCGCGGGGAUUGGUUUCCGAUCCCUGUACAAGGAUGUUGUAUUGGACAAACAUUCAUGAUUCUAAUCCAACUAUUGAGCGUUCGUUUCUCAACGGAAGUCACCGUGAAAUCGUUCUUCAUUCCGACUUGUUACUGCCCAAUGCCUUUGACCUCGAUAUUAUGGAGCAGAUGCUCUAUUGGGCUGAAGACCUUCACAACGGCUACUUCCGCAUCGAAAGGAGCUACGUGAAUGGAACCGGAAGGCAAGAAUUUUACCGUGGAAUGGGCAGUUUUAUCGUCAGUCUCACGGUGGGCGAGGACUAUGUUUACUGGACUGAUUACAGUCACAAGAAACUCUGGUCGCUACGAAAGGACGGAUCUUCAGAGAAACCCAUUAUCCUUCGAACAUUCCGGUAUCCAGCGACGGGUGUGGUGGUGUUUCGUCACCAGCCUCUUGACUGUAGCCUGGUGAAAAUUCAUCAUCAGGCAUACAGAGCGGAUGGAGAGACAUUAACCAUCAUUUUCUCGACUAUUACCCUUCUCAUGGUACUGGCAAUGGCUGCCGUUUUAGUUAUCCGAUUGAAAGACAAUAUUAGGGGACCGUUGGUGCUGUCCAAGAAAAACGAGGGCACUUUCGCCUUCCAGAAUUUAGAAAAUGGCAGCAGCAAUAAUAAUGUGUACACAGCAUGUGAAAGAGCGAUAUGAUAUGACAGAAUAAUCCAGUAUUCUUCAUAUUCGCUAAGUAUAUUUUUUCGUUUUUUAUUAUCAUCAUCUUAUUUUGUACAAAACCUUGUUGUACUACUUUCUCUAAACGUAACCUAUUAACUAUCACAUGACGAAAUUUUUGUAUCUUUUUAUAGAAUAAUUUGUCGACUAUU